UCUCACGGCCGGAGUUGGUGGUCCGGGAACCCACGUGGGCUGAGUUUCGGGUUGCUUUGGUGGUCCGACCCGCUGUAGCGCUCACCCGGGCCUAGUCGCCAUGGGGAAGCUGCGCCGGCGGUACAACAUCAAGGGGCGCCAGCAGGCGGGUCCCGGCCCCUCGAAGGGCUCCCCCGAGCCGCCCCCCGUGCAGCUGGAACUAGAGGACAAGGACACUUUGAAGGGAGUUGAUGCGAGCAACGCGCUCGUUCUACCGGGGAAGAAGAAAAAGUCCCAGCGAGCAGAGAUGCUACAGAAGCUGAGUGAAGUCCAGGCUUCUGAAGCCGAGAUGAGACUCUUUUAUACCACCUCCAAGCUGGGCACUGGGGACCGCAUGUACCACACCAAACAGAAGCCUGACGAGGUGGUGGCCCCAGGCCAGGAGAAGAUCAGCAGCCUCAGCGGUGCCCACCGGAAGCAUCGCCGCCAGCCCUCAACUGAGGAGGAGGAGGAGGAGGAGGAGUCGGAGCUGGAGGGGGAGUCAGAGCUGGACGAGGACCCGGCUGCUGAGCUGGCUGAGGCUGGUGCGGGGACCACCGUGGCACCUCUGCCGCCAACUCCAGCACCCAGCUGUCAGCCCGCGCCGGCUGGCAUGCCUGUUCCUCCUCCUCCAGCUGCAGCACCCCCACUGCCCAGGGCCCUGGCCAAGCCUGCUGUCUUCAUCCCUGUGAACCGCUCCCCGGAAAUGCAGGAAGAACGGCUGAAGCUCCCAAUUCUCUCUGAAGAACAAGUGAUCAUGGAGGCUGUGGCCGAGCACCCCAUUGUCAUCGUGUGUGGCGAGACCGGCAGCGGGAAGACCACACAGGUGCCUCAGUUUCUCUAUGAAGCAGGCUACAGCAGUGAAGACAGCAUCAUCGGUGUCACGGAGCCCCGCCGAGUGGCCGCCGUGGCCAUGUCCCAGCGAGUGGCCAAGGAGAUGAAUCUGUCCCAGCGGCACUGGGAAUCAUUGUGGGAGACAACUUUCCAGGACCUGCCCAAGCAGGCAGCCUUCAAGCAGGCCCUCGGCUUACAUCCUGCACAGUAUGCGGAGGGGACAGAGUGGCCCAUCCAGGGGCUCGAGAACAGAGCAGGGGGCCAGAUGCAGGCAGUCACGGAGCUAACUUCCUGCCUGGCCCCUGCCGGGUUGCGGUACAAGGUGGUGAUCAUCGACGAGGCCCACGAGAGGAGCGUGUACACGGACAUCCUCGUCGGCCUCCUGUCCCGCAUUGUGACUCUCCGGGCCAAGAGGAACCUGCCACUCAAGCUGCUCAUCAUGUCGGCCACGCUGCGGGUGGAGGACUUCACCCAGAACCCGCGGCUCUUUGCCAAGCCGCCCCCGGUCAUCAAGGUGGAAUCCAGGCAGUUCCCAGUAACUGUGCAUUUCAACAAGCGGACACCACUGGAAGACUACAGCGGCGAGUGCUUCCGGAAGAUUUGCAAGAUCCACCGGAUGCUGCCCGCAGGUGGCAUCCUGGUGUUCCUGACGGGGCAAGCUGAGGUGCACGCGCUGUGCCGCAGGCUCAGGAAGGCUUUCCCACCCUCCAGAGCCCGGCCACAAGAAAAGGACGAUGAUCAGAAAGACUCAGCACAGGAAAUGCGGAAGUUUAAGAAGUCGAGGGCCAGGGCCAAGAAGGCGCGGACCGAGGUGCUGCCCCAGAUCAACUUGGAUCAUUACUCGGUGUUGCCGGCAGGUGAAGGCGAUGAGGACAGGGAGGCGGAAGUGGACGAGGAAGAGGGGGCCCUGGACUCCGACCUCGAUCUGGACUUGGGGGAUGGCGGGCAAGAUGGAGGUGAGCAGCCGGACGCCUCCCUCCCACUCCACGUGCUCCCGCUGUACUCUCUGCUGGCCCCAGAGAAGCAAGCACAGGUCUUUAAGCCUCCACCGGAGGGGACUCGGUUGUGUGUUGUGGCCACCAACGUUGCCGAGACGUCUCUUACCAUCCCUGGCAUCAAGUACGUGGUGGACUGUGGGAAGGUCAAGAAGCGUUACUACGACCGCGUCACCGGCGUGUCCUCCUUCCGUGUCACCUGGGUCUCCCAGGCAUCAGCUGACCAGCGAGCAGGCAGAGCAGGACGGACAGAGCCCGGCCACUGCUACAGGCUGUAUUCAUCUGCGGUUUUUGGUGACUUCGAGCAGUUUCCUCCUCCAGAAAUCACCCGGAGGCCUGUUGAAGACUUAAUCCUUCAAAUGAAGGCUCUCAACAUUGAAAAGGUCAUCAACUUCCCCUUCCCGACGCCCCCCUCCGUGGAGGCCCUUCUUGCCGCCGAGGAGCUGUUGAUCGCACUGGGUGCCCUGCAACCGCCCCAGAAAGCAGAAAGGGUGAAGCAACUGCAGAAGAACCGGCUGAGUUGCCCCAUCACUGCGCUGGGCCGGACCAUGGCCACAUUCCCCGUGGCACCCCGCUACGCCAAGAUGCUGGCUCUGAGCCGGCAACACGGCUGCCUGCCCUAUGCCAUCACCAUCGUGGCCAGCAUGACGGUGCGGGAGCUGUUUGAGGAGCUGGACAGACCAGCAGCCAGUGACGAGGAGCUCGCCAGGCUGAAGAGCAAGCGGGCCUGGGUGGCCCAGAUGAAGAGGACCUGGGCAGGGCAGGGGGCUUCUCUGAAGCUCGGUGACCUCAUGGUGCUGCUGGGUGCCGUGGGAGCCUGUGAGUAUGCCGGCUGCACGCCCCAGUUUUGCGAAGCCAACGGGCUGCGGUACAAAGCCAUGAUGGAGAUCCGGCGCCUGCGGGGCCAGCUGACCAGCGCAGUCAAUGCCGUGUGCCCAGAGGCUGAGCUCUUCGUGGAUCCCAAGAUGCAGCCGCCCACCGAGAGCCAGGUGACCUACCUGCGACAGAUCGUGACAGCCGGCCUGGGGGACCACCUGGCCCGCAGGGUCCAGAGCGAGGAGCUACUGGAGGACAAGUGGAGGAAUGCCUACAAGACCCCUCUCCUCGACGACCCUGUCUUCAUCCACCCCAGCUCCGUCCUUUUCAAAGAGCUCCCUGAGUUUGUGGUCUACCAGGAAAUCAUGGAGACCACCAAGAUGUACAUGAAAGGCGUCUCCAGCGUGGAGGUCCAGUGGAUCCCGGCCCUGCUGCCCUCUUACUGCCAGUUUGACAAGCCCCUGGAGGAGCCAGCCCCUACCUACUGCCCCGAGCGGGGGCGGGUGCUCUGUCACCGAGCCAGCGUGUUCUAUCGCGUGGGCUGGCCGCUCCCCGCCAUCGAGGUGGAUUUUCCAGAGGGUAUUGACCGCUACAAGCACUUUGCCCGGUUCCUGCUGGAAGGACAGGUCUUCCGCAAGCUGGCCUCAUACCAGAGCUGUCUGCUGUCCAGCCCCAGCACCAUGCUGAAGACGUGGGCCAGGCUGCAGCCCCGGACGGAGAGCCUUCUGCGAGCCCUGGUUGCAGAGAAGGCUGACUGCCGUGAAGCCUUGCUGGCCGCUUGGAAGAAAAACCCCCAGUACCUGCUGGCCGAGUACUGUGAGUGGCUUCCACAGGCCAUGCACCCCGAUAUCGAGAAAGCCUGGCCCCCCACCACUGACCACUGACCGUCAGACACCUGGCUGGAGGGCCGAAAAUGCACCCCGAUAUCGAGAAAGCCUGGCCCCCCACCACUGACCACUGACCGGACACCUGGCUGGAGGGCCGAGGACUGGAGGGCUGGCAGCAGCCUGUCACCCUGCGACCAUGACUGCCUGGCGUGGGCUUCAUGGCCUGCUCUCGGGAAGCAGGUCAAGCCCUGGGAAGCUCGUCCAUGAGAACUCGAUACUGUAUGAAGCGUGCUGCUGCCCGUGCCGUCUGGCCUGGGGGUGACUUUUUGAACUGAUUAUUACAUGGUGGAUGAUGAUUUCAUCUCACGUGCUGGACACUGUUCUGUUCAGUGUGCUCUUUGGACUACAUUAGUCCGCCGUGGAGCAGCAGGGCCGGAGGUCUCUGCAGUCCCUUCCCCGCUGCCCUACCAGAAGGCCAAGGAGGCACGUGGAGGGCUCAUCCUUUCUGCAAUUCUUCCCUCUAGAGUCAGGGAGGUCCGCCCAGCCCUGGCCUCACAGCUGUCCCAGAUGUUAGGUGAGCCACCGAGCUGUGCGUUGACCUUGAGGGGCCCGGCUCGGGGCCCCCAGGCUCCACGCCUUCUUGGGAGGGUGGACGCCGGCACCUUUCCUAUGUUACGGCUGCGGGGAGUGAGCAUCUCGUCUGCCUGUGGUCAGCUCUCAGACGGCAGGGAGCGGAGCUGACCUUGGCCGUGCUUGGUCACCGCUGCCAUGCCGCAGAGGAUGGGCCUAGCUAGGCUGGGGCCACAGGACUAUUCUGUCGGCCUUGAAUGGGGACUGCAGAACCCUCAGUUUGUCUCCCUUGUUCCUCUGUGGCCGAGGUGGGAGGGGUAGGUCCCCCAGCAAGAGAGACAGGAGCACCCCAGACAGGACCAAGGAGUCGGGAGGCCCCUGCCCUUGCGUCCUCCAUGGUGAGGGCCCGGACGUCUCCCCAGAGCCCAGCGCUCGCAGGGUGGAUUCCGCUCCUGGCUUUGCUUCUGCGGCUUUGGUGGAGACAGUUAUGGAAUAAAAUGUUCCUUGCACCCAGA